AUGUCAAUGCGACGAACAGGCUUGCAGAAAGAAGUCCUCGCACUGUACAGGCGAGCACUGCGCAUGGUCAACACCAAACCACCCGCGGUACGCCCCAAGUUCGCCCUAUUUGUGCGGUACACAUUCAAGGCGCAGGCGACCUUGGUGUCUCCACGCGACUAUGCGGCGAUCGAGCAUCUCCUACGGCGCGGGCGACGCCAGGUAGAAAUGUACGAGGACAGCAAGGUGCGGGACUGCUGGGUGAGCGCGGAGAUGGUGCAGUGGGGGGAGAGGAACAGGGGAAGGGUACGAAAUACGUCACAGUAG